GAAGCGCUUAAGCGGUGGUAGCUGUGCUUGAGUUAAAUAAACACGCCUCAGCGUUGGCCAUUAUAUUUUUUAAUGUAUUUUAAACUGUUCUAUGUUGUUUCUGCGUUGAGCUUAUUCUCGAAAUGUCUCUGUUUGGGCGAAAAGGAUGAGAUUCAGAACCACUGUGAUCUUCUGAGGCAGUGGCUUGCGCCCUCAUCAGUGAGAGUGGAGCUCAACAAAAAGGGUUUCCACAGGGAGGUGACAACUACAGUUGAGUUCAGAUCCAAAGAGCUCAGUAGUGUCAAAGUUUUGCUGAUUCAUAGAUGGCCCAGAGAUGUCUAUGUUGAUCCAUAUCAACUUGCAUCCCUUAGUGAUCAAAACGAUUGGAAGAUUUUACUAGAUUCGGCCAUUGACCUUGAAGUUCCUGCUCACAAAGCUUCAGGAUUUGUCACCUAUGUGUAUCCUUUCUCCACUGGACCAACUUCCAAGUUAUUCAGAGUAACAGUUCCAAUACAUGGUCGCUACCACAAGCCCUCGUUUGAUGGAAAAAUGUUUAAAUCUGUUGACAUAGAAGCUCCAGAGCUGCUGCUGCGGUCAGAAAAAUGCGCACAGCUCAGCAGCUUAGAGCCUCACACAGUUGUGGAUGCACCAUGCACUGCCAGCAAUUCAAGCACUUGUUCUUGGGUUAAAGUCAAGCCUCAGCAGGAUCUCAAUCCAGUGAGUUUCCAGCUCCCAGUGGGUGAUGGGUCUUUGGUGGCACACGUAUGCGGAGGGACUCUUCUUGUCACAAUGAUCUGCUGUGUGGCACUGUCCAAAUACAUGUGGAAACAUCAAGUCAUUUAAGCAGCAAAAAUUGUACUGGCAUUAUUUUUUUUUUUAUCAAACUGACAAGGAGGAGGCACUUUCAGUGUUGUUAUCUUAUCUGCAGAAAUGUUGCAAGCAGAGAACAGGACUAAUUGAGAUGGGAAAUAAUACUGAGAUGUUGCUGAAACAACAGAUAAAUGCUGAAAGAUAUCAGAAGUUAUCUUUUUCCAUUCCAGCCAAUGUAACUAUGUUUAUCUUUGUGAAUCCCGCAACCUGUGCAAGCAUUUUUCCUGCUAUGACCUCAUUUUGGGAGGAUCAUGAUUCUUUAUCUGUUCAGUUUAGCACACCUAAUUAAGGAACAUGUUUUUAUCAAUUAAUUUGUUCUGUUUUGGGCUAUUUGGUAGUGAUUUUCAUUUAUUUUUGGCUGUAAAAUGGGCUAUUAUAAUAACACAAUUAUAAAACUGGAGUCUACAGUAGUGUAAUCUGUAUUUUAACACUGAAUAAAAUGUAUAUAGUUCAGACUGCUAUAAAUACAAUAUAACAACAAUGUUAACAGUAUUCUUUUAUUGUGGCAGUUUAAAGAAUACCAUGAUGAGGUAAAGGUCAUAUCCAUUUGAGACAGAGUACCGGGUGUCAUCCUGUGCCAACGUUUGGACGUUUGAUUUAUGAGUGACAAACUGUGCUGCCGUGCAUGCUGUCAGGAAAAACCAAGUUUUUUAUUCUUCCAGCUUAUCUGUCUUGUCUUAUUACAUCUGUUAUCCAAUUUUCGUCUCCUACAAGGCUCCAUUUGUAGUUGUAUGUUCUUGACCCUGUUGGGUAGUGCAUGUGGCACUACACAACCUAUUUCAACAUGGAAACGCCUUCACACAAUGCAGUCAAUGAAGAGCCAGUCAAUUUCUUUUCUUGUUUUGCAGAGAAAAUGCUUAGGGUAAUUUAGAAAUUGUAUAAUCACAUAGUUAGUUAAAAAAGAAUUAAGUCUGCAACAUAUUAUGCAUCACCAGUGAGCAAAGAGAGGCGCAUAUUCACACAAUGUCAACACAGUAGAAGUGUUUUUUGAAAUCACCCUCUGUAAAAUUUAACUAGAACUUUCACCACCAGGGGCAGCAUUUUACUAAAAAUACUUCAUGUAAGUACCAGCUCCUGUGUAGUAAGAAAAUGUACCUGAGAUCCCCCAGUAAAGAUCUGGAUAUGCUCUCUACCUGAGAUGAUCACAACUGUCACAACUGUCUUUUGUCUAAAUCACAUAUCAAUAAGAGCACACGCACUGCAAAUAGCAUCUUGCUUCAUAGCUAUUUUUGACUGGGAAAAUUAGCACCAACAGCUUUUAUCAUACCAGUAAUAUACUCAGCAUCCCCAUUAACUCCUUUAUUUUCAAUGAGCUGUCUCCAGCAGUGGAAAGCUGCACUUAUUUUUACUCUUGUUUUACUUGA